CUGAAACUUGCUUUGUUUGUUCCGAACGGCCUUUUUACUCGAUUUUGUUAUUCGCCGAUUCGUGAAAAUGUUUAUCCCUCCGACUGUACCAAGCCGGCACAAAUUGCAAAUGGCGGGGAUCUAUAUAUAAAUAUUAUAUUUAGAUUGUUGCAACAUUUUUAGUUUAAGAAGAAAAAUAGUGUUUUGCGGAUUUUUUAAGUGUUGUGUGAACGUUUUACACGAAAUUCGAUUUGGCAUAGUAAUAAGUCGUACCAGUAUUAUUUAGUUCUUCUUCUAUGUGUUUAUCAUAUCUAUCACAGAAGUGAUCUAGAAGGCAUUGAAGAUGGUUACUCCACCACCUCAGCAGUUUUGUGUAAGAUGGAACAGCUACCAACAGAACCUACAAAGCGCCUUCCCCAAACUUCUGACGUCAGAACACUUCGUCGACGUCACCCUAGCCUGCGAAAAUGAAAUGUUGAAGUGUCACAAGGUGGUCCUGUCGGCCUGCUCCACCUACUUCGAGAAACUGCUUCUGGACAAUCCCUGUCAGCACCCCAUUAUUUUUAUGAAGGACAUGAAAUUUCAAGAGAUGCAGUCGUUGGUGGACUUUAUGUAUAAGGGAGAAGUGAAUGUGACUCAAGAUGAUCUUCCUUCUUUGUUAAAAUCGGCAGAAGCCCUCCAAAUCAGAGGCUUGUGUGGCUCUGAUCAACUCUUAAAUUCUGCCUAUUUUGGCAACCUAGCCAAGAUACCCACUGGUCCCAGCACUUCUCCUCAGCAGUCACCAACGAAAACGACACCCCAACAAAAUAAACCCGCGCCUCUUGUUACCAGUACUCCCGAAGAAAAACCGCAGCCCAGCCAAGUAACCAUGCCCAAAGUCGAAGGACUCGUGAAGAAAGAAGUUAACGCCGCCACUGCCGAAGUCAGUUCGGAAUGCGGUGGCGCACCCUCUUCUUCUGAGUGUGACAGUAACGAUGGGAUGCUUCAAAUCAAAGAAGAUAUAGAGGAAGAAGGAGACGACUCGUUCUUCGAAGGCGACGGCGAAUCACUGCUGGACCAGGAUAUGAUGGAAGAAGACCGAAUGAUCAACACCGGAGACUGUUCUAGGACGCCCGACUCUUUCGCGAUGGCCAACGUUUCGUGUCAGUACGACGGUUCCGCAGGAAACAUGAGCAUGAAUUGGUCCUUAGGUUCGGUAAGCAAAAGGAUACGACGAUCCGACGAAGAAUUGAGGAGGGCGGCCGAAUGCAUCACGAGAGGUCAAACGUUCCAGAUGGUUUCGGAUCAGUAUAACAUACCCAUAUCGACUAUAAGGUUCUACAUGGCUAGAAAAGGUAUUCUUCCACGCCGUAAACGAGGCAGGUCCUGCGCUCCAUCGAUGGGCAUGGGCUCCAUGCCCGUCACCACCAGCUACACGUCGCCGGGGAGCCCCAUCGGGCCCCCCUACCACAUCGUGCACUACAAGCUGCCCGCCUUGGGCGUACAGAAGCUGAAAUAGGGCUACGUUAUACUGAAAGUGCAGAAGUAGGGAAAGUAAUGUCGAAGUAGCUUCGAUGGGAUAAUUUAGUAUAUAAAACGGCCGCCAACCAGGGGCGUCGUACUCAUGCUACUUCCCAUUUUUACUGUGUGUAUUUUAUUAAUAUUAUUUUUUAUUUUUAAAGUAUAUACAAUUUACUAUAUACAAAAUGGAGUACGGAUAUACUCGAGAAGUGAAAGCAAAUAUCAGGGUUUUGUUCGAUUCUGACAUUAUUUUUUUGAAAUCAAACUGAGGUAAUCGCUUUUGAUUACAUAAAUCAGAAGGAAUGCAAUGCUUUUUUACUUAAAAAAACAUUUUUUUACAUAUCAUUUUAUCGUUGUGUGCGUUUUUUUAUUGUUUGCAUUUUUUCUGUCGACAAUUUUUGUGCUAUAUUAUUUUUAAGACUAAUAUGCGUUAUUUAUUACUUUUUACUACUUAAUUUUCUUUUAUACUUUGGUUUGGGAAAUUUGUUGCAUAGCUAGAUUUCUCGGAUAACUUUGGUGAUGUCUUUUUAUAUACUUUUUCUUUAUUUUAUUGAGGCAAAUAUAGUGAUAAAGAAGAAUUUCUUAGAAAAAAUGCUGUAUUCAAUGUAAUCCUAAGCUAAAUCGUUUUACAAAGUGGUGGUUUAGAUUAUUAUAACAAAUUUUUUCUUUAUAUAAAAUAGACACCGCGAGUCUCCUUUAUGCCAUACGAUCGAAAAAAAGGCGUCAAAGGCGGCUGUGGAAUGACAAUCGAUGAUAAUU